AUGAGCGGCGGUGGGGAGACUAGGGUUUCAAUCCCAAGCAAUGUAAAGGAGACGAUCCAGGACAUCAGAGAGAUCACCAAGAAGCAACACAGCGACGAUGAAAUCUACGCUGUGCUCAAGGAGUGCUCUAUGGAUCCCAACGAAACCGCUCAAAAGCUCUUGUAUUUAGAUACAUUUCAUGAAGUCAAAAGGAGAAAAGAUCGGAGAAAGGAGCUCUUGAAAGGUAGAGCAUCUGAAGAUUCUAGAAUGCCACCAGGCACACAGAGGCGAGUGUCUAGGGGUGGUGGCCAAGGGAAUUAUUCUUCCAGUAUCUCUUCUGAUGCUGGUGGUGGGAGGAAUGCUUCUGCUCGGAGGGAAAAUGGGGUCAAUCACGUUGCAGAUAGAGGUUCUAUGCCCUCUUCUGUUAAGCCAGUUAUACAGAAAACAAAAAACAUUGCUGCAACUUCAAUGCCAAUAGCUUCAACUGGCACACCAAAUGGGGUCACAAACCUAUCAAAUGGGAGUUCUAUUCACAGUUCUGCCCCAAAAUCCCCUAUGGGUGUUGAUAACAAUGUUCGUGAAGGAGGUUCAGCUAUAGAUGUAAAGAAGUUGGGAGCUGCAGCAUCUCGCCCUGCCUCUGUGACAUCUACACCUACCUUUGGCUCACUGGAUCAUGAAAAGCCCGUGUCAAUACCUGAACAGCUCCCAAUUUCUGCCCCACCAGCAUCUGCUUCCUCUGCUUCAGAUCCUGCUGUAUCAAAUCAUGUUCAAGAAAACAAAAAAGGCUCUGUAGAUGCUAUUGGCUUGGAGUCGUCCAAGAGUGUAAAAAGGGCCUCCAGAUCUGCUAAUUCUGUGGCAGUGGCUGAAAAGAAUUGGAAUAUUAAGCCUUCACAACCCCAUUUUUCCUCAAAUGAUGAUGGUUCCUUGGCCAAGCUGCCUUCUAAAAGUGUUAAACAGUCACAGUUAGAGUCUGCUGUUCCUCUGAAAGUGGUCACACUGGAGGUUGCAACCAACACUGUUGAAGCUACUUCUCAAGUGUCUCGUGACUCGAGUCUCUCAGUUGCAAAACAUGUUACUUUUCCAAAUCAUAUCCAAGUCCCUGAAGCUUUGAAAAAUGUAUUGACCUUUGGAAGUAUUGAUGCUACUUUUGGACCGAGAGUAGACUCUGUUAAUGGUACUGGUGGUGAUAACUUCUCUAUUGGUGCUGUUGAAUCUUCUCAGGAUACUGAUGAAACAACUAAAGAACCUUCUCCUAGCAAUGAUAUUUUAUCCUCACGUGUGCAAGGAGAUUUUUCUGAGAAUCCACCAUCAAUACCUAAUGUGCUUGAAAAGUCACCGCCUACAGAGGGUAAUGUCUCUUCAAGUACAGACUCAAAAAGUGAACUUCCAAAGCAGGAGUCGCAGUUGCCACCAGAAGGUCCACAGAACCAAACUGCUCUACAUGCCCCUAGCUAUAAUCUUGGGUUCUUUCCUCCCAUGCUAGGGAGCCAGCUUUUACAGGUGGAAGGGCAUGAUAAUCAGGCACAUGAAACACCCCGCCUUCCGAACUUUGUCGGUGGAAAUUCUGCUGCUGUGCCUAGCCCAAACUCAACUCCACCACUGCCAAGCUCCAUGCCAAGCUCCAUACCUGUCUCUCAGCAGUCAGUUCCGCUUUACAGGCAGUAUCCCCCUAAUUUCUACCCAUAUGGCCACUAUCUCUCUCCAUAUUAUAUGCCACCAAUACACCAGUUUUUAGGUCACAACGGCUUUCCUCCACAACCUUCAGCUGGGAACGUAUUUCUUCCACCACCACCUGCAGCAGCUGCUGCUGGGGUUAAAUUCCCUCUUCCACAUUUCAAGGCUGGGGUGAAUGCUGGAAAUCCAACUCAAUAUAGUAUUCAAUCUGGUGGUUCAUUUAUCAACACCCCUGGUGGUUAUGCUCCUGGUUCAGCAGUUACAUCUGGAAGCUCCGUUGGUAAUGAAGAUCUUGGAGCAUCUCAAUUGAAGGAAAAUCAUAUCUACACAACUGGACAACUGACUGAAGGUUCAACUGUUUGGAUACAUGCUCCGGGACAAGAUAUGUCUAGCUUGCAAGUGAGCUCUAUGUACAACCUUCCUCAGGGGCCGCGUCUCACCUUCUCGCCCAUGCAGGCUGGGCAUGGUGGCAUGGCUGGAAUUUAUCCACCUGGGCAAACGAUUGCAUCUCCAACAUUUCUGCAACAGUCCCAGGCUGUGGCUGGAGCUGCUGAAACUAUAGGACCACAGUCUGCUGCUUAUCAGCAGCCUCAACAUACACAGAUGACUUGGAAUUAG